UUAAAAUUGAUAAUAAAAUUAAGAAAAAAAGACUUUGAAAAAGGAAGAUAAUUAAUUUAUUAAUUAUAGAUAGCUUUAAAUAUUCUUAAACAAGGAUUUACUUAUUUAUUUAGGGACAGAUAGUUAGUUAGUUAGUAAAUAGACUAAGAAAACAUGAUGAAUUUCAUUCCGUCUAAAGUUGGACAUGAGGAGCUUGAGUCGUAAAGUAAAUAAAGUAUGAAAUCAUUCAGCAAUUUGAAUUUGCCAUAAUCUUCAACUUAUUUGAACAACAUUCGUGGUGAUGAAGAUUCAAAUGAAGGGCAUUUAUCUGAUGAAGAAGAAUUCUAAGACAAUGAGCACUAUUUGAAUUAAUAUCAAUAAAACUACAUCAUGGAUUAGUAAAACAUGCAAUAUAAUAUGUAUCCCAAUCAGCAAUAUUAGAAUGAAAACUAUCACAAUAAGGGUUAUUAAGGAUAAGUGAGAUAGGUCAUCAGUCCAAAGGCAUAAUAAUCUAAGUUUUUAGGGCAUACUUAGUCUUUAUCUAUGAAGGAGAAUUUACCUUAAAGAAAUUAUGGAGUUGCAAAAAGCUCUACCAGCCCAUUUAGAAGCAAAUUAGGUAAAGAAUAAAAGGAAAACUAACACUUACAGUAGUAAUAGCGCAGUGCUAAUUCUACAAGCAACAUAAAGUCUUUUGAGAAAUCUUACUAAGAACUUACUCAAUAAAUAUUAUCUCAAAGAUUAGAGAACGUACAGUAAAACGAUUAUUCUCUUAGACCUUAAGAUUUGUUGUUGGGUUAGCAAUAACUAUAAGAACUAUAAAAAAGAAAGCACUAUGAUUAAAAGACCUAAGAAGAGCUAUUUAAAAGACUUAACAAAGAAGCUGAACUUUAAAACGAUUACAAACACUAACUAGCCUUAGAGUAACAAAAAAAGGAAAUGGAAUAAUGUACUUUUACUCCUUAAACAUACAGCACAAGACCUGAAGAGUAGCGAACACUCAAUCAAUUUUUAGAGGAUUAAGAAAAAUUCUAAAAAUAAUAAAGUGAAAAAAUAAACAUGCUUCGUUACUAGAUUUAGGAAGAAAAGAAUCAAAACACAACUCAUUAGCCUAGAAUUAAUUAAAAGAGUGAAAUGAUUGUUUAAAUGAAGAGAGUUGAGAAAGAGCCAGUUUAUGAUAGACUUUACAAGAUUUCUCAAGAAAAGAGCAAUAGAACAUCAGAAGUUAGAGCUUCAAAUCAAAUCAACGGUUUAAAUUGCGGUACAACCAAAUUCUCUUCAAGAAAUUCUAACAGCUAGUUUAAUCAAACUUAGCGUGUCUCCGAAUAUGAAUUAGAAAUAGAAUAAUAGAAUACUUUCUAACCUUAAAUCAAUGAAAAGAGCAAAAUGAUGGUAAGAAAGGGAAAAGUUGGUGAUCAUCUAUACUAAGAUGCUCUCAGACGUCAAGAAAAAAUCAAUACUAUUCAAAGUUAGUAAGAGAGUGUGAUGACAAAAUAGCAAAAAUCUACAAUGAGCAAUUAAACAAACAGAAUCAUUUCAAGCCGAUCUGAAUAAAUUGUAGCAACUAAGUUUGUCAGAGAAUUUGAAUAUGUUUGUGAUGAAAUUUUGCAUGAUCCCAAUAGCUAAAAAAUAGACUACUUGCAAAUGGGUGAAAUUCUAAAUAGACUUCAUUUCUUAAAAAACGUUGGAGAUGAAUCUAAUUUGAAUAAUUUAGGACAUGAAAGAAAAUUAGUUUAUGACAUAUGGUAUAAUUUAAGAGGAGAUGAACUUGGUGGUGUAACAAAAUGCAAUUUAUGUUAAUUUUUGUUGAUUGUGAUCGGUAUUUUCAGUUUCUAACUUUAAACUGAAGAUCAAAUUAGACAAAUACAAAAUGAAUAAAACCAAAACAAUAGCAAUGCAAACUAUGCUCAUCCUCUUCAAAACGAUAGCUAUAAUAAAUUCAAUCAUUAACAUAACACUCUAUAUCUCCAAGAAAGGUAUACCGAGGAAGAAGACGAAGACUACGAUCCCUCAAACCCAUGUUAUUAAUAAGGCUAACAAAAGUUUAUGCAAUUAACAGUUUAAUAAUAACUGAGUGAGUUUAACUAGGGAAAUGAUUCUUUUUAGGCUAAGCUUUAAUAGUUUAACUAAAAGAAUAGAAAAGGUUUUAUUGAUCAAAUUGGAAAUUGGAAUAUUCCAGUUGAAGAGGCCAAAUGCCUGUAGAAAGAAUUUGAUAUUCUUUACAGAAACAGACUUUCUAAUGAAGAACUUAAAAAGACUGACUUUAAGCAAGACAGCACAUUUUAGCCUUAGAUAAAUUAAAAUUCUAAGAAAUUAGCGGAAAAUUAUCGUGAAAAACUAUUAGAGGAGACAGCUAAUUUAAUUUCUAACUAAGAAAUUUAAGUAAAAGUUCCUCCUUCUGGAAAGAUUACUCAUGUAGACUUGCUUGUUUUCUAGAAAUAAGCUCAAUUAUAAGAGAGACAAAAGAAAAACUAGGCUUAAAGUAUUGCAGUUCAAUAAUCUUGCACUUUCCAUCCCUAGACACUUCCAUCUUCAAGCUCUUUAGUUUCUAAAAAUAACUUAACUAACUAAAGUGGACAGAUGAACAAUAACGGUUCAAAUGCAUCUUUGAUGUCUAAUUAAUGCGGUUUAAAGAAAAGUAAUUAACUUUAUUAAUUGGCCAAGUUGAAAAACGGUAAAAAGGAUAAGGAUAAAAAUGAAAUCGAAUAUGAAAAGAACUUUGAUGAAUGCACAUUUUAACCUGACAUUGCAAUUACUAGAAGCAAAUCUUCAAAUGCAUUAAGAAAGAGUCAUGUAUCUGCUGUUUCAGUAACAUCAUAAAGAGACUCUGAUAAAUAUAUUGAAAGAAUGCGUGCUGCUAACAAGCAAAGAGAAGAAAAAAAUAUCAUGCUUUAAAGAGGAUAUAACAAACCUGAUGGAAAUGAUAAAAAGAAAACUGAAAAAACUGCUCCAGUUUCUUCAAGGCUAUACAAUGAUGUUCCUCUUUAUCGCUAAUCAAAACAAAAUAAUUCUAACGAAUAAUAGUAAUCAACCUAAGAAAACCAAAAUACUUCAGAACAAGUUCAAUAAUAUGGUGAAGCUAGUUAGACUUAGGAAUACUCUUAAUAUUAGUAGUAUAUGAUGAACUAAAAAUAGACAGAAUAGUCUUAUGAUAAUUUUAUGAACAACUAAUAAGACUCUUAUGGCUUAUACUCUUACAAUUAAGAAGGAGAAGAGCUUUAACAUCAGGUUGAAUAAAAUAAUUAGAAAGCUUCUGAAAAUUAGGGCUAGUAAUUCCAAUACAACUAAAUUUAACCAAUAAAUCCUUUAGAAAAAGUGCCUCUGCUUUUUGUAGAUGUAAAUCUUGGAAGAGAAAAAACUGAAAGAAUUAUCGUAUUUGAAGGAGACACAUCAGAAGCAUUAGCAACUAAAUUCGCUGAAGAAUAAAAUUUAGAUUCUCAAAUGAAAUAAAAACUGAAAGAAUUAUUAGACAACUAAAUUGCUGGUUUACUGACCAAAAUCGACGAAGAAGAAGCACCUUCUAUGAUGAGUGAUUGA